AUGCACCGUCUCAGUUCGUUUCACCUGCUCUCACCUCAGCUCAGCAAGAACGCUACUUUCCCCACUCUUCUCGGCCAAAGCCAAUUAGAUGGUCACAUGAAUAUGCUUGUGCAGGUUAAUGCAUGUGUCAGAGACGGAGUGAUCAAGUGCAAGUUUGAGUCCGAGUCCGAUUCCGAUUCCGAGUCCCAGUGUGAGUGUGAAUUCGAGUUUGAGUUUGAGUACAAGCGUGAGUGGGUGUGCAUGUGUGCAAUUGUGCUUAAUAGAGUAUUCAUUCGUAUUAUCUUGUCAUAA